GCGUCCCCCUCGUGCGGCGGGCCUCCGGAGACCGGGGCGGUUGGGACUCUGGGCGGAAAGGAUGGGUCUUCCGAGGCGCUAGCCGGCUCCUGCAGGGCUGGACGUGGAGCCGUGGUUUCCUGGCGAGGCCCGUGUGAUGGUGCCUGGAGGAAGGAAGCGCGGUGACAGCGCCUCAGUCGGAACCCAGGUUCCGGGGGCGAGGAGGCCCGGGGACGGCGGCCCUGGCGAGCUGGCCGCUGGCGGGGCGAGCGGUCACAAUAGGAGGCGGCGGCCCGGCCCGGAGCGGUGGGAGCAACUCCGCAGGGCGGAGCCUCCCCUCGCAGGUACUGGCCGCGGCGGCCGUUGGCUCCCGCGCGAGGGCGGUACUGGUCGCGGGAGGUGGGGAGCCGGCGGGCCGCGCUUGGCCGACGUUUCCCGGCAGCCCGGCGCUCUUUGUUCCCGCCGCGGCGGGGGGCCGGCCCGCCCCUGCCAGGCUGAGACGCAGAGUGAAGAUAGUCCAAGUCCUAAGAGACAGCGCCUCUCUCAUUCAGUCUUUGAUUAUACGUCAGCAUCACCAGCUCCCUCACCACCAAUGCGACCAUGGGAGAUGACAUCAAAUAGGCAGCCCCCUUCAGUUCGACCAAACCAACAUCAUUUCUCAGGGGAACGAUGCAACACACCUGCACGCAACAGAAGAAGUCCUCCUGUUAGGCGUCAGCGAGGAAGAAGGGAUCGUCUGUCUCGACAUAAUUCCAUCAGUCAAGAUGAAAAUUACCACCAUCUCCCUUAUGCACAGCAUCAAGCAAUAGAGGAACCUCGAGCCUUCCACCCUCCGAAUGUAUCUCCCCGUCUGUUACAUCCAGCUGCUCAUCCACCCCAGCAGAAUGCAGUCAUGGUUGACAUACAUGAUCAGCUCCAUCAAGGAACAGUUCCUGUCUCCUACACGGUAACCACGGUGGCACCCCAUGGGAUUCCACUCUGCACAGGCCAGCACAUCCCUGCUUGCAACACACAACAAGUCCCAGGAUGCUCUGUGGUUUUCAGUGGACAACACCUCCCUGUGUGCAGUGUGCCUCCUCCAAUGCUUCAGGCAUGUUCAGUUCAGCACUUGCCAGUACCAUACGCUGCGUUCCCGCCCCUUAUUUCUAGUGAUCCAUUUCUUAUACACCCACCUCACCUUUCUCCCCAUCCUCCUCCUCACUUGCCACCGCCAGGCCAGUUCGUCCCUUUCCAAACACAGCAGUCACGAUCGCCUCUGCAAAGGAUAGAAAACGAAGUGGAGCUCUUAGGAGAACAUCUUCAAGUAGGCAGUUUCACUUAUCCUCCUUCGGCCCAUCCCCCAACAUUACCUCCAUCAGCACCUUUGCAGUUCCUGACACAUGAUCCUUUGCAUCAGGAGGUGUCCUUUGGCGUCCCUUAUCCUCCGUUUAUGCCUCGGAGACUCACAGGACGUAGUAGAUACCGAUCCCAGCAGCCAAUGCCACCCCCGCCUUAUCAUCCCAGCUUACUGCCAUAUGUGUUAUCAAUGCUUCCAGUACCACCUGCAGUGGGCCCAACUUUCAGCUUUGAAUUGGAUGUGGAAGAUGGAGAAGUAGAAAAUUAUGAGGCCCUGCUCAACCUGGCAGAACGGCUUGGAGAGGCAAAGCCUCGGGGCCUGACUAAAGCAGAUAUUGAACAGCUUCCUUCCUACAGGUUCAACCCUAACAACCACCAGUCAGAGCAGACUUUGUGUGUAGUGUGCAUGUGUGACUUUGAGUCAAGGCAGCUUCUUAGAGUCUUACCCUGUAACCACGAGUUCCAUGCCAAGUGUGUCGAUAAAUGGCUUAAGGGAAAUCGUACUUGCCCAAUUUGCCGAGCUGAUGCUUCAGAAGUGCAUCGGGAUUCAGAGUGACCAGCCGAAGAGCACAGAUUUAGUUUGGGUGUUCCUCAUCACGUGUAUAUAUGGACUAUCCAUUGAACUUAACCUGUGUGGCUUCCAGCCCUCCCUUUACCAAAAGGGUCAAUGGACCUUUCUUUGCACUGUGUGACUUAAUCAACUAUAAAAGCUUACAAUUAGUCUUCACAAUUAUGGGAUUGUUAUACUAACUGUGUGAUUGGAACUCCAAAGAUCUUUUCUUUAGCUUAAUUUCGUGUGCACUAACAUUCCCUGGUUUUUGUGUGAUCAUUCCGAGUGUUGCUGCAAGAUUACAGUGGACGUGAUCUUUUAGCAUGUGCUUUUAUAAAAAAUGGUAGCUCCAGAUGAUAUAGCAAUCUACCUUAUAUAGAGCCUUCAGAAACUGUGAGUGGAAAUGAGUGCCGUGUAUGACUGUUGGUGAUAAGUGAAUCUGUGUGAGAGAGUGUGUGCAACUACAUGUGUGGGGGCAUGGUAGCUACUGUGUGUAUGAGAUCCUAUAUACCAGCAUGUACCAAGAAUGUGUGUGUAGUUUUAAUUAUGCUGCAAUGUAUAAUCUGGUGUGUUAUUUAAACAGCACUAGUACUGUACACUGGUUUUCCCCUUGUGUUUGCUGUUGCACACUGAUUGCUAAGGGUGCAUCAAUUCUAAGCAUUGAAUACUCCAUCCCUUUCCCUCCCAAUGAAUGGAAUGAGAAAAGCCUUCUUCUUUUGCUUCAGGCAGCUGUCCCUUCUCUUCCUUUGUGACCCUAAGUGGGGCACUUAAGAAAAAAGUGUCAGAUUCUCACUCCAUGACCUGAUUUUUUUUUUCAAUUCUGUUGUAAAAGAAACUUUGAAGUCUCUAACUUGCUAUUUCCAAAAAGAAGGUGCAAUAUCAUACAUCGUCAUUAGCAAUAUUAGCAUUUCAAUCAGUGAUCUGAGUGUUGAUACUUGUUUUUCCUUUACAUUUCCAGUAAUGUCUUACAGAAAGGACCUGCGCUUUUAUUAAUGUGUAGAUUUGUAGUCUGUUCCUGAAGAUGUUCAAGUAAUAUAUUUUCAAGAAUGCCACUGGUCCCAUAAGUCUUGCCUCCUUGACUUCCACCAGAACAAAAUCUGUUACCUAACUCAGCCUGAUUUCUGGUGUGUGUUCUUUGCUCAGGCCUCUGUGGGCAACUAAAUUGUUUUAAGAGAACGAUUUCUGUUGGUGUUAAGUGAGUUCCCACACUCCGGUCCUGGAGUUCUCAUUGAAACCUUUGUUUCAAUGGAUCAAGUACUGUGACAGCUUAUUCCUUAGGCCUGGUUUGCUUUGAUGUCUAAAAGUAGAACAGGUACCCAGAAUAGUUACAGUGUAAAUGAAGAUUGGAUUUUUGUAUAAAAAGAAAUAAUGCUGUCAAACAGGAAUUGACCUUUAUUUAAUCUGGCAUGAUACAUAGCUGUGUAAAACAAAACAGAUUCAUUGACCCUAAAUCAGAUUGUUGGAAGUCAUUUAUCAGUAACAUUGGAUUCCUUUCUCCUUCUCUCAGUGUGCUCAGCCUUGCCUGCCUCUUCGUGAGUUAUUGGCAUCUGUUUGCAGCCUCACAUGCUGCAGCCUUUCCGUCACUAUGUGACAUCUCGCUGCCAACCUCACUCAACUCGCAAUUGGCACUGGGCCUAUUUUUUUACUCUGAUAGGGAGAGUGUUCAACUACUUGUUACUGCCAUGAUUCUUGCCCUCCCUUCAAGACUCUAAGCUCAUCACAGCCUAGAGUUCAGGAAAGUCAAUUCACACAGAAGCACAAUUUUUUCUUCUUCCAGACACUGUUGCCUCUAUCUAGUCAAAUAGGAUUUGACCUACUUUCUGUUUGCCCCUAGAUUGUGUUUAUGUCAGAAAUACACUGAAACAGUGGUUACUUUUAAAUCAUUAGGAUACCCCCUCCUGUUGCUAAUGAAUAAAAAGGCGUGUUAAAAACCAAAAUUAUUGACAUAGCAGUCAGCUCCAAAUCACAUACAGUUUAAUCUUUUUUUAAUUUGAAGAAAUCAUGUUUAAAAUGGCAAGUCCAUAUUAUAUAUACACUUUUAUAUAGCUGCAAAAACUUUAUACCUGUACAGCUCUAGCGUAACACUGUUCCACUCAGUAUUUGUUUCAUUGAUGCACACAAGGGAAGCACUUUCCUAAUUUAUACAGAGACACUGAAUACCCAGGCACAUUGUGCUGAUGACUGGAAAGUAGCCUUUCUUUAUUCUAUGGAUGUUUGCCAUAAAGUCCCCUUUCCAGUAGAUUUUUUAAAAAUAGAGGUAGUUGGCGAUUUAGAAGGCAUCAGGUCUGUCCUGGUGAGACUCUGGUUUGCAUUUCUGACUGCGGUCUCCUUGGGGGUGUUUUGUCUUAGCACAGCACUCUUAGAGAUGGUUCAGACUUUUGUUCUCUGAGUGGUUAGUGUAUUUUAGGAGCGCGCUUGGUGUGAUGUCCAAGUAGCCAUGGUGGGCAUCUUUGUGGCCAGCAAAUGAGAAAGUGCAGUUGACUCUGCCUAGCUGUCACUUUGGGGAGAUGUACCAGGUGACAAAUGCAUAUUGGUAGCCUUCAUCCUCUCUGCUAGAACAAUAUUGGCCUUUACUGUCUUAACUCAGCUGUGGGUUUUUGUUUGUUUGUUUGUGCUUUUUGUUUUUGUAGUCUUUAGUUUUGGGUGUUUGUUUUUUGUUUUUGUAGGUUUUAGUUGUGGGGUUUGGGCUUUUUAUUUGUAUUUUGGUUUGUGUGGGGUUUGGUUUGUUUGUUUUUUGUUUUGUUUUCUGUGUUUUGCAUGAAUCACCAUAUUUUGUAUUUUUUUAACUCCAACCUCCACAAAACACCUCAAGGCCUCCAAGUAUCAAGAUAAUCAUACUAAGAUUUUUCUGUCCUGAAUUUUUUUUAGCAGAAUCUGAAAUUGUGAAAGCAUAUUAGAUUUAUAUACUCCCUGAACUAUAAUUUGCUAAAAUUCUCAAAUUUGGGGUCUCUUGUGAUAAUUGCAAGUGUGAUCUGCCUGCCAGCUUCUGAGAAUAAUUUUCCCAGUAUCUCUCUAGGCCUUCUUCAGAAGUCUGUCCUUCAUAGCGCAUCUGGUUACCUCAUGUUGCUGUUUGUUAAGAGUAUGAAAGUUCACAGGGGUGUUUGUUGGAAUCAUUUGCUGAGUCAUUUCCUCAAAUCAUAUUCCAUUGUAUCAGUUAACAUACAGUUUUAAAUGUAUGUAUUAUAAAUAUCUGUAACCAAAUCAUUUGAAGGCUUGAUAAAUUUUUAACAAAGUUUGUACAUUUUUUAUGAAAGUUACUAGUAAUGCUUUACUAAGUAGUGCAAUGAAUUUUUAUUUUUAAUCCCUGUGCCCAAUUUUGGAGUUGAGAGGGUUGUUGGUAAUAAAUGUAUGAUGUACACUUAAA